AUGGGCAUCUCACUCAAAGUGCUCCUCGACAAACACGAGCGCUUCCUACCCGCGGCGCUUUCCGACUUCUACUUGGACACCUACUGCGAAGCAAGGUCUAGCAAGCAGCCUGUGCACCACCUUGAGAGUGAAGUCAUCUGGCAAGCCGUGUCGGCUUCGACCUGGAACGAGCUCUGCGUCUACAUCCGGGCCGUGAUGGCGCGCUACGACGAGGAGACGACCCGACUCGGGCGCACUUGGAGCUACAAUCUGCUCUCGGCAAAUGUGCGCAAGCAGUGGAAAGAAGCACUGUAUUAUGAGUGGCUGGUCGACUUCGAGCUCCACCGAAUACGCGACUAGACCGGCCUGGGUACGUUGUCGUGCUCGUCGGGUUUUGAGGUGGCGCUGACCUUCCUUGGUGACGUGUCCAUCACCGUUACCCCCAGCCAUGCAUCUCCUUCGCAGCGAUUUCAUUCGAGGCUUCAACUCCAAGCAUCCCAAGCUCGACCCGCCACUCCGCAUCUCCGACAAUCUCGCGAUUCGCCUCGGCCCGUUUGGAGGGUUGCGAUCGGGGCAGGAGGAUCGUGUGAUCUACAAUCAGGAAUUCGCAUCGCCUUACCUAUUUCAUCCCGGAAACCUCACCCCUUGGGAAGAAGCGCAUUUCAAAAGUGAGUGGGACGGUAUGAAUUGUGCUCUCUGGUUCUGUUGUGGCGACGCCGCGACUGGAUGGGGUCAUCCAGGUCUCUGAUCACUCCGCACUGUGCGCAGAGAGAGGCAUACGCUUCGAUGCUGUACCCGAUUUUAAGUUUGAGAACACCAUCGACAUCAGAGCUGCGAAGCAUACCGCGUUAUUGGGCCUUCCUGACCUAAUCGAGCCAACCAUAGCCCGUUGCCGCAUGCGUGAAGAGGAUGGAGGUGUCGACGAAGCGCUCCUUCAGGAAGGCGAUGUCAGGAAGUGCGUGUGUUUGUGA